AAUCGUCGGCUCGUUCGCAUUUCAACGAAAAUCUCAAACCGCUCGUCUCGACAAAAGUACUUUUCGUUCGCUAUUGAACUCUUGUGUGCGUGCGAUCUAUCUUGUGUUAAAUUACAAGUGCGUGCCGGCCAGCGAGGUCUCGGCAGUCUCGUCCCUGCCUCUGCGUCAAAGGAAAGGAAAAGCGUGCGUUUCUUCUCGGAGGCUCAGGGAAAAAGAUCUUCCUUUCGGAUCGACUUCCCGAAUUGCGUUGGACACUGCUGUUCCUCGAGGUCGGAAUCGGACAAGGUAGUUCGUGCGGACAUUUGAUCAUCCCGAAUGGUCAUCGACAAACAACAACGAUAUAAUAUAAGUACUUCGAUUGUUCUCAAUUCCGGCUCACGGAUGUACCGCAUUUGCACGCUCGUACGAGCACAUCCGAAUUAUCUCGGAUAAUUGUGUUAAAAGACGACACUCAUUCUCGUUUCAUAGCAUUGCGUCGUUCCCUGGCCCUCGGAUGGCCAUUCCCUUUGCAAUAUUCAUCUCUCAAGUUGUCGCGUUUUCGAGUACGCUCGUAUAUUAUAUCGUUGAUAAUUACGAAUCGUACAUUGAAUAUUUUUCAUCAGUCAAUGAUAGGAUUCAUUAAAUCACGAAUCGUUGUUCAUUAAUAGAAUGUAUAUUAUACGUAUAUUAUAUCGACGAAGUGUUUCGCCGCCCGGAGAAAUUCCAGAAGUUGUUUACUCUAACGAACUGCGUAACCUUGACUCGUUUCUUGCAUUAUCGAUAUAACCAAUACGUCUCUAAGCUCGCGAGAUUCCAAGCCUGUAUUGCGUUGUGCAAUUUAUAAUUCCUGCGUUGAUUCGGUUACAGUCACAUUACUCAUAUUACGAUUCGUGCAUAAAUAUCUUAACAUAUUCAUUGCGUUGUAUUCAUGUGCAUUACACUCUUUACAUUCGAACAUUAACGCUACAUGUCUAUCUUAUUUACGGUGGAAUCUUGACAUGUUGGUUGCUAUUAUUUAAUUGCGGCACACCUGUUGUGUGAUAUCUCUUGCGUUUAUAUUCAUGUGUGUCAUUUUACUCGUAUUUUACUCCUGGCGUUAAUUUAGUUUAAUUAUUCUUCGCGGUGUACUUUGCAACGAUUUACGUUAUAUUCCUCGCAUUGUAUUUAUUACAUUGCAAUUACUUUAACCCAUUUCCGUUACGUGACUUGCGUUUUGGUUUCAGAUUGAGUUACUUGCGUUCCAUUAUACGCGUUACAUAUCGUAUGUCAAUUUACUUGCGUUACAUUUAUUGCGUGCAUUAUGUAGAUCAGCUGUUGCUGGUACUAGUUCGCCCGAAUAAGAUACUUUCAUACAUUUCAUAUAUUUUUAAACAAAAUGUUAUGUUAUAUUUGUAACAAAGACUUUAAGUCUUUAUGUUUACUGAUUUGUCAUUUUAAACGCAGUCAUGAUUUAAAAACAAAUUCAAUAUUUAGAUGUUGUAAAUCCAAUUGUCUUCAAAUUUUUAAAAAUUUAAGUAGCUUUAAAAAGCAUAUAACGCGUAAACAUGUAAAUGAUAAAGAUAUUGGUAAUAAAUUUGAAAGUCAAGAUUGUAACUUCGAUGAUACACAAAAUGAUAUACAAAAUAACACGGAAUUUGAUGCAAGUGCUAGUCAUUCUACUGCAUCUUUAGUUUCUAAUUAUCCCGUUUGUACGUCAUAUGAUGAUAUUAAUGAAACGCGAACAUCAGAAAUAAUUGAAAUAGAGAACAGUUCAAUUCCUGAGUUUCAAAUGGAAGAGUCGCUUAAAAAAAUGGUUGAUUCUGUUACGGAAUUUGUACUUACUCUCCACAAUAAUAAUAAUUUUUCCAGGAAGGAUGUUUUUAAAAUACAGAAAUACGCGAACAAAUGUUUAAUUGAUCCAUUAUUGGAUAUUAUGAAAUCAUUUAUCAAUAAUAAACUUCAUGCAAACAGUUCUGUAUAUAACGAAUUUAGUAGUCUGAUAUCAAAUUGUAGAAAUCCCUUCAAAUUCUUAAAUACUGAUUAUUUAUUGUAUAAAUGGUUAAAAAGUGAGAAUUACAUUGAAAAUGUACAAGAAUUUACAAUUGAUGACGCAAUUAGUGGAAUUCAUCGAAACGGUAGUUUUAUAUAUGGUGAAAAAGAAAUAAAGGGUGCUCUUAUGCCCUUGAGAUUUCAAUUUAGAAAAAUAUUUGAAAAAGGAGGACUUCUAAAACGUACAUUAGAUAAUAUUGACUGUUUACAAAAGUGUCCGAUAUUCACAAAUUUUGUGCAAGGCGAAUUAUGGAAACAAAAAACUAAAUUAUAUUCUGAUAAAAUAGUGAUGCCAUAUUUCUUGUACUUGGAUGAGUUUGAAAUUAAUAAUCCUCUUGGAUCUCACUCCAAGGUUCAUUCAAUUUGUAAUUUUUACUAUUCUUUUCCGUGUUUUCCGGUGGAAGAAUCUAAAUUGGAAAAUGUAUUUUUUGCUGCGAUUAUAAAAUCUACUGAUAUAAAAAAUUAUGGGAAUGAAAAAUGUUUUCAGUCUCUUAUAAAUGAAUUAAAAUAUUUAGAAAUAAAUGCGGUAUAGACAUUAAAAUCGAUGAAAACUCAAUUUUACGCGUUUAUUUUAUCUUGGGUUUGGUGCUUGGGGAUAACUUAGGAUUAAAUUCAUUUUUAGAUUUUAAUCAAUCGUUUUCGAGUAAUUCCUUCUGUCGACUUUGUAAAGUAGAAAACGUGGAUUGUAAAAAACUAACCACUGAAAAUAAGGAAUUGAUGCGAACAAUUACAAAUUACGAUAAUGACUUAAAGAUAAAUAAUUCACAACGCACUGGAAUUAAA